AGGGCAUUGGCCUCGCCGCUCGUACUGCGCGUGCGCUUUACGCCUCGCUCCCGGCGGCCUGCUAGGCGCUCGGGGCCCUGCCUGGCGCGGCUGGUGCGUGGCGCGAUGGCGGCUGCCGUGGGCCUUUCUUCCUCGCCGGCUUCCCCCGCCGUGAGCGAGCUGUGCCAGAACGCCCGGGAGAUCUUCCUGGAGGCCUCGCGGCUGCUGCUCACCUACGCGGACAACAUCCUCCGAUAUCCUUAUGAAGAAAAAUACAGAUUAAUUCGGAUUGGAAAUCCAGCAUUUUCUACUAGGCUGUUGCCUGUCAGAGGAGCAGUUGAAUGUUUAUUUGAAAUGGGGUUUCAAGAGGGAGAAACUCAUCUGGUUUUCCCUAAGGAAGCAUCAAUUGAUCAGUUACGUAAAAUCAGAGAUUUAAUUGCUGGGGAGAGAAGUAGCAGACUGAAUGAGUCAAAUGAUAUCAACAGAUCAGGAUCUUCUGAAACUGUAGCCAGCACUCAAGCAGUUGCACGUCAGGCUUCAAGACCUGCUGACUCUCUUCUUGCCCCUGCCCAUCAGCAACUAGAAACAUCACCUGCACGAUCUCUUGAAAUGGCUGCAAAUAUCUUGAAAAAACUUCAAACAAACUUUGAACAUCUUGUAUUGGUGUAUGAGAAUCCUUCUCUUCAGCAGAAAGCACUAGCUUCAAUUCCCCUCCAAGAAUUGAAAGGGAAGGCUCAGAAAAAGCUAGCACAAGCUACAGUACUGGAUAAAGGUGCACAUGUGAAUGAAGAGGACUUCUUGCUGUUGGAGCUUUUGAACUGGUUUAAGAAUGACUUUUUUCAUUGGGUAAAUAAUCUUCCUUGCAGCAGAUGUGGUGGGCAGACAGAGCCUAAAGAUAACCUGUCACCUACUGAUGAUGAUAUAAGGUGGAAUGUCAGUCGAGUGGAAAAUCAUUACUGCAACCAGUGCCAGUUCUGUAAUAGAUUCCCAAGGUAUAAUAAUCCAGAGAAACUUCUGGAAACCAGACGUGGACGUUGUGGCGAGUGGGCUAACUGUUUUACACUGUGUUGCAGAGCUGUAGGGUUUGAAGCUAGAUAUGUCUGGGACAUUACAGAUCAUGUGUGGACUGAGGUAUAUUCUGCAUCUCAGAAAAGAUGGCUUCACUGUGAUCCCUGUGAAAAUGUCUGUGAUAAACCUCUUCUCUAUGAAACUGGGUGGGGAAAGAAGCUCUCCUACAUAAUUGCUUUCUCCAAAGAUGAGGUUGUUGAUGUCACCUGGAGAUACAGCUGUAAGCAUGAAGAGGUACUCUCUCGAAGGACAGUGGUCAGUGAAGCUAUGCUACGAGAAACAAUUAACGCACUUAAUAGAACGAGACAACAAUUUGUGUCAGAAAACAGAAGAAGAGCGCUCCUGGAAAGGACAAUUGUGGAGCUUGUUGAGUUCAUUUCUCCUAAAACCCCUAAACCUGGUGAAUUUGGUGGAAGGACAUCAGGUUCAACAGCUUGGCGAGUAGCCAGAGGUGAAAUUGGCUCUGAGGUAUUUCAACUGGCAGCCAUGUUAGAGAAGAGAAAAGAAGUAAUUUUUAUUCCCUCUGAAAAAGAGAAGACAUCUAAACUGUUCCACCUGACCUACAAUGUAGUAGAAGAUAGUUAUACACGGAUUUCCAAUAAUAAUGAAAAAAUAACUGGCUGGGAAGCAGGUGUUUGGAAGGCAGAGUCUAUCUGGAGGAAGGUUGAAACAGAUUGGAAAAUGGUUUAUUUAGCCCGAAAAGAGGGGUCAUCCUCUGCUUCUAUCAGCUGGAAGUUUGAGUGUAAGUCAGUUGGUCUAAAAAUAGAUGACAUGUCAAUUAGGACAAGCAGUCAGACAUUUCAAAGUGGAAGAAUAAAGUGGAGAGUGUACUCCCCCACAGCAGAAAUUGCUCUGUUAGGAGAUAAAAGUCUUUGCUCCUAUUCAGAUUUUUCUGGUGCAACGGAAGUUACAUUGGAAGCAAGCCUAAAUGGAGGGGAUGGUGAAGCUGCAUGGCAACACACCCAGCUGUUUAGAGAGAACUUAACAGGAUAUGGCGAAAAUUGCUUGGAGAUAAUUAUAAAACUCGCUGACCUCUGAGAACCAAAACAGAAGAGAUGUUCUUUGGAUUCCUUGAAUACAUUAUGCCAUGCAUACAACACAAAGAUUUGGAUGGCAGUUCCCAUUGAUCCUGAUGGCAGCUUAUUUCCUGUUUCACACGUUCCGUGUAACCAACUUCAAAACUGCACGUGUAUUGAAUAGGUAAACAUCACAAUGAAAACCUUCUUCACUUUAAAAACAAACAUCAAAAUUAAGGAACUGAAAGAUAAAACUAAUACCCCUUUUUUUAUCUACAGUGAAGAGGAAACAGUUUUCGGAAAGCAAAACAUGAUCAUAAGAGCAUAGGAGAAAUUUUGAUUUGGAGUUUGGGGACUGGUUUGUUGUUUUUUAUAAUCUGCUGUGCUGGAGUUCCAUUUUUUGGUAGAUCACAACAGAUGCAUUGUGAUGAUUUUAAAACAUUUAAAAAGACUAAUAGAAGACUUCCUUAGACGUUUUAAAAGAGAUGAUUUUAUGUAAUAAGCAGAAAAACAGACAUUAAGAUAAAUAUUUAAGCAAUCUUAAAAUGAUCUUGUUACAUAUCCAAGUGUUAAACUUAGGUUUAAUACAUAGAUGUGUUUUGAAGUAUGAUGGUGCAGGAAAAUAAGUUAAUUUUGAAAGAAGUGUUCAUUAUGUAUCUAAAAUUUUGUCAUGGCUGCAAUAUGAAGUAGAGAUUUCAAACUGGAUAAGAACAUCACAUUUUUUCUGUGAAAAAUAGAUUAUUCAUUUUACAUAUUUUUGUAUGAUAUAAAUUCAAAUUUGUCCAACUUUUAAAUGAAACAGUUUACUGAGCAUGUAGAUUGAAAUCACUUUUAAGCUAUUGUGUGAAGCUGCAUUGAAUACUAUUCCCAAAUAUGUUGUAAAAGUAUAUACAAUUUAUCUUUUCUUUAUUACAGUGUUUAAACAUCUUUGCAUUGAAUAUAACAAAAACUACCACCCAGCGCAUCAAUUUUUGACUCCAGGUCAGGUGUUGCAGUGUUGUGAUUAUAGUAAUCACCUAUGGAAUGCCCAGAUUAGAUAGUCUUUACGAGAGAAUUCGAGGAAAGCUAUGGUUCAAUUGUAGAAGAAAUUUUAUAUUAUAGGACUAUAAUACAAAGUUUGUACUAUAGCGUUAUUUUAAAAUAAGUGAAAAUUGAGGAUAUUCUUAAGGUUAGUGUAUUUAAAGCUUUUUUUUUGACCCUUCCAAAUACUGUAUUGAUUUGAAAUGACUGUUGAAAAUAAUUUCCAUUGAAAUAAAUGUUUGCUCACCUUUCAACCAA